UCCCCGAGCGCCCUGCGGCCUGCGCGCCGCUGGACCGCCGCCCUCUGCGCCUGCCGUCUGCGCUGCUCUACCGCCGAGCGGCUGGAAAAUCCGCAGGACGCUGGGCGCCCGUGGCCCGGACAUGGAGCCGUUGACACUCAGGGACGUGGCCAUCGAUUUCUCUGAAGAGGAGUGGGAAUGCCUGGAGCCAGCUCAGAGGAGUCUAUAUAGAGAUGUGAUGUUGGAGACCUGCAGAAACCUGGUCUUCCUGGCCAUGACCUCUCAUCAUACCCAGGAAAUUUCACCAGAGCCUGGCAUAAAGUAUUUAUUUAAAACAGUGAUAAAGAGAAGAUAUGGAAAUUUUGACCUUGACUCUUUCCAACAAACUAAAGUGCAGAACAGUAUAGGUAAGAGUAAAGAUCAGAAAUCGUAUUAUAAAGGACAAGACAAAUUAGUGGGAACUGUCCAUAAUGGAAAUUUUACUGUCAACAGACCUCAAGAACAUUUAAUAUCUCAGAAAAGUAUUCAAUUUUUGCCUGAAGAACAAGUUUCUAAAAGUGAUCAUAUUGAAAGUUUCUUUACAAACUGUUCAUUAUUCUGCAAUGAACAAAGAAUUCCUUCUUGUGCACAAACAUACACUUUUAAUGAUUUUUGGAAUGCUCCUAUGUACUCAUCACUGCUUAAUCAAAAUUCAGAUGUAGAUUUCUGUAAAGUAUGUAGCACAUGUAAUGAAACAAGCAACACCUUCAGCCAGGUCUCUGCCCCAAGCAAUUACCAGUGCACUUAUGUUGGAGGAAAAGAGUAUGAAUGUAGCAAGACACAGAACUUCAGCUCUGGUUGCAAUACGAGAAAACACGAGUGUGCUCAUUGUGCACAGAACCUUUACCAUGACAACAGGUGUGGGAAAGUCCCUCCUCAGUGCUCAGAGCUCAUUGCCCCUCCAGGUACUCAGAGCCAAGAGAAGCCUUGCACAUGUGAGGAAUGUGAGAGAGCUUCCCAUCCAACUGCAAGUCCUCCUGAACACAGGGGAGCUCAGCCUGCAAGGGAGCCAUGCAAAGUGAAGGAGCAUGUCCAAGCAUGGAGUUCUGCACCCCUUUCUAAACAUGUCGGGUACCACAAUAGUGAUCAACACAACAAGUUUAAAGAAUGUGGCAAAACUUUUAAUCGAGGACCAUCCCCUAUUAAAUACCACAGGAUUCAUACUGGAGAGAAACCCUACAAAUGUGAAGAAUGUGGCAAAUCCUUUAAAAAUUGCUCAACCCUUUCUAAACACCUGAGAUGUCAUAGCAGUGGGGAAACCUACAAAUGUAAAGACUGUGACAAAGUUUUUAAAAAUUUUUCAAGCCUUACUCAACACCAAAGGAUUCAUACUGGAGAGAAGCCCUACCACUGUGAAGAAUGUGGGAAAAGUUUUAAUCGUAGUUCAAAUCUUAUUCUACACCAGAGAAUUCAUACUGGAGAGAAGCCCUACAAGUGUGAAGAAUGUGGGAAAGGUUUUACUUUCAGAUCAAACCUUAUUAAACAUCAGAGACUUCAUACUAGAAAGCAUCCCUACAAAUGUGAAGUAUGUGGGAAAGGUUUUACUCAAAGAGCACACCUUACUCGACACCAGAGAAUUCAUAAUGGAGAGAAGCCCUACAAAUGUGAAGAAUGUGGAAAAGGUUUCACUCAAACACAAAAGCUUACUGAACACCAGAGAAUUCAUACAGGAGAGAAGCCCUACAAAUGUGAAGAAUGUGGGAAAGCUUUUACUCAGAGAGCACACCUUACUCGACACCAGGUAAUUCAUAAUGGAGAGAAGCCCCACAAAUGUGAAGAAUGUGGGAAAGGUUUUACCCAAACACGAAAGCUUACAGAGCACCAGAGAAUUCAUACUGGAGAGAAGCCCUACAAAUGUGAAGAAUGUGGGAAAACUUUUACUCAAAGGGCACACCUUACUCGACACCAGAGAAUCCAUGCAGGAGAGAAGCCCCACAAAUGUGAAGAAUGUGGGAAACGUUUUACUCAAAGAGCACACCUUACUCAACACCAGAGAAUUCAUACUGGAGAAAAACCCUACCAAUGUAAGGAAUGUAGCAGUGCUUUUAAGGAUCAUUCAUCCUUAACCAAACACCAGAGAAUUCAUGCAGGAGAGAAGGAAAGUCCCAACCAUAGCACCCCAGAACACCUGCUAGCUUUCCUGCACAUGCUACAAGUACCCAGAGCACUGGAUUUGAACAUAUUUCCCUAGCAACUAACCACACACUCAACCACCUUCCAAUGGUGUGUAGUUUUCCAGGGAGUUUUCCCUUGACUUUCUUUCUUUCUUUUGUUUGCUUGCUUCCUUCCUUCCUCCCUCCCUCCCUCUCUCUGUCUCUCUCUUUCGUUGUCAGCCUUUCUAUUAGUCUCUUCUUUCUUCCCCUCUUGCCCACCCUUUCCCUCUUCCACUGUCAGUUGGUUUUUCUUUGCUUCUUUGUAAAUUUAAUUCCUCUUUCAAUGAAGAUAAUCAUGCAUCUCCCGAGCCAUCAUCCUACAAGAGUCCAUAUGUCCUUGAAGAGUGUGUUCCUGUGACCUCCCUUCUCAUCCACACCAAGUUGAUACACCAGGUUGAGAGUUCACCUAUAUCUAUUGCUUUCCUACUGAAGUAGGAAAAAAUGCUGACUUCAAGAGGCUGCUAAGCAUUUCCUGUUUUUACUUUUUUAUGUGACCAAUCCAGUCUCAUAAUUUUCCUUAGCACAAGGAUUCUGGUUUAAUUUUCAGCAGUUUCUUUGCUACCUGAGGAAAUUUGUGCAGUUAUAUCUUCUGUGUCCAGGAAAAGCUGAGCAACAGUGUGACAUAAUGCAGCCCCAGCUGAGACUUCAAAGCCUACCUCAACACAGUAACAAAAAGACCAUGUAAACAAGAAGAGAACAAUCUUAGCUUAUUUUCAUAGUUCUUACUUCUUUGGUUACUUGACAAAGAUUAUUCUUUUGGCCUUAAGCCCUGCAGAAUAAUUUCUUUUAAGACAAGGUACUGCCAUUCACUGACAGACCUCCAGUGUUGAGUAAUCCCAAACCCAACACUGAAGCUGGAUAAUUGGAAAGUGGAGAAUGGUUCUCUCUGAGCCAAUAAAAACACAUGAAGAGGGCUGGGGAAUGUAGCUCAGUCAUAGAGUGCUUACGGGUUUAAGAGCUAGCAUUAUAAAACAAAGUAACAAAGAAAAACCUUCCUCCAGACUCAGAGAAAGAAAAGAAGGAGAAGACUGGACAAUACAUUCUAGGACUUCUCAUAUACUUCAAGACAUAACAUAGUGUGAUGCCUAAGCUGGCAUGAACUACACACCAUGAAAAGUGAAAUUGACAGUGUGUCUCGAAGGGUCACCUGUAGAAAUUAAAUAGAUUCCCUCUCAGGUCCAACUUCCAGGCUUCUGCAAAGGGCUCAGAGGAGUUUUCUGUCCCCACUGAAUUUGCAGCCCCUGAAAUUGGGUCUAGUAGACCCCAGAAGGAGCUCAUGAGGAAAGACCAGUAGACUCUGGCAGCAUGGGCUUUGUGCCUGUGGAACUGGGGGUGGACAGCCUUGUUUGCACUCCAGAGAAGAGGGAAUGUCUGGCCUUAAUCACCCCCACUCCUCCCUGAGUCAAUGACUGCAUAACAGUCCAGCUGCUGAAGAAAGCUGAUGGCCCCUGGAGAAUGACCGAGGACUAUGAAGAGAGGAGUAAUGUGGCGACUUCUAUGCAGGCAGCAGUUCCCAUGGUGCAUGAAUUGGAUGGGUGUAGCCCAGAUCCCCUAUCAAAGUGGGGGCAUAUUUGGAACAAAGGAGUGCUUCCUGCACUAGUCCCUUAACCCAUGAGCUCCAAAGGAUCCUAGGACUGGUGGAGUAUGCACCUGAGGUAGCACCAAACACUGCUGAUGAACGUGAGCUGACAGAGUCAUCAGACUUUAAGGAAGAAGCAGCCCCAGUGGGAUUUUUAAAAAUUUAAUGUAAUUCUUAGGAGAUUUAUUCGGGUUGUGUGUGUGUGUGUGUGUGUGUGUGUGUGUGUGUGUGUGUGUGUCAAUAGUUCAUUUCUUUUUACCGCUGAAUAGUAUUCCAUGGAAUUUAUGUUUCAUAGUUUGUUGAACUGUUCAUUCAUCAAGGGCAUACAAGUUGCCUCCACAUUUUGGCUAGUACAGAUAAAGCUGUUAUAAACAUUUGCGUAUAGGUGUUUUUUGCUUGUCUUAAUAAUGGAAGCUGAUUUUUCUUUCACAUCUCCAUUAGGGUUUUUAUAGUCUUCUCUUCUGUGUUCAUAGGAACUGGUUUUUCCUUUUUGUGCAUGGCAGCACAUUUGACUCUUCUUGGGAUACAAAUGUAGUCUUAAUAGGCACCUUUGCAGUGAAAAAUAUCUGAAAAGGAUGCUCAAUUAAAAUAGGCAUGACUUUAUUGUUCUUAAUACUCUUUAUUUAACUUGGGAACCAAGGAGGCUGAGUUACCUUUCUUUCAGAAUUUUGGUUUUUGCAAUUAUAUCAUUUUAUUCUAUAGUACUUAUUUCUUAGGACAAUUAUCAACUAUUUAUGAAAAAAUAUCAUGAAAACCAAGAUAUCAAAAAAAAGAUUAUAUAUUAUUGUUAUCAACAUUAUAUGGCAAAAAGAACUUUUUAUUUUGAAUAUCUUAGAAAGACAAAACCUAUUUUGUUUAUUUACUUGAAUAAAAAAUAACACAUAGAGCAAUAAUUUUAAAGAAAUAUUCAUUUUGGGGGAGUUGGGAUUGUGGUUCAGUGGUAGAGCACUUGUCUAAUAUUUGCAAAGCACUGAAUUUGUUCCUCGGCACCACAUAAAAAAUAAGUAAAGAUAUUGUGUCCAUCUACAACUAUAAACAGAAGGAAUGAAAUUUUAUAUUUU